CAUCCCAUGGGAGGGACCCCAUGUGGAGCAGGGGAAGAGAGGUGAUAAGACAGCCUUCUGGAGUAUCAACCAUUCCUUUCAUUUCUAUGUCACUACUAGUUACUGGCCUCCCAAGAGAAGUCCUGUGUCUGAUCCCCACUCUCUUAGCAUGCUUGUUCAACCAAGUUGCAACCCACUUAAUGGUAAAUCAAGGUGAAAAAAAUUAAAGAAAAAAGCCACAUCAAAACACCAACCCAACCCAACAGUGUUUGUAACAUGUGGGGCAAAGUGCUCCAGGCCCUGUUGGGGCAGAUGGCCCAUGGUGACAUCACUGAGCGAUGGGCUGUGACCUCGCAGCCCUCGCUGCUUAUCUUGGGGCGCCAGCAGAGGCCACGUCAGCCUAGCUCGUGGCUGGACUCCUGCUGAGCGUGUGUGCGAGGCUUGGAGCACCGAGCAAGGAUUUGGUGGAGCCGUGCUGUGGGGCCACUGGCAGCUGUUCUCAGUGCCCGUCCCCACAGUCAUUGCCCGUGUUUCCCCAGCCCUGCCUGGCUCAGGCAGCCGGGGCCCCGUGGGACACGCUCGCAGCAGCUCAGAUUCAGACAGCCUUUGGCAGCUGCAGCGCCGGGGCAGGGGAGCAGCUUCUUCACCUCAGCUCUCCCCAGCCCACUGUAGAGCCCAGUGGCCAUGGAUGUGCCAUCGGACUGGACCUGCCCAGCCUGUGGGGAAGGUCGGGACGAUGUCGCCUACAUGACCCCCUGUCUCCACCAGCUGUGCUAUGGCUGUGCCCUGCGGUGGGCAAAGAAGAAUCCAUCGUGCCCCUUCUGCAGGGAGACAAUCAAGACCAUAAAGUACUCGGUGAGGUUAGACGACGAUUACCUGGAGUGUGCUGUCCCAGAGCCCGCAGAGCACUCUGCUGACAGCCAGCAGGAUGAGCAGGGGGCUGUGGAGCCAGUGCCCAGGGCUCCUGAGCUCAGCUUGCCGCCCGAGGUCUGGGCAGCCUUCUUCAGGGAGCACCCAGAAAACGUCGAGCCCCUGCUUGCGUGGCUACAGCAGGAGCUGGAGGCAAUCUCCGGCUCCGAGUGGUGGGAGGUGGCUGCAGGUCUGAGCACGGUGAUCGGCUUCCUGUGCAUCUACGGGCUCGACGAGGAGGGCUUGGUGCGAGCGCUGCAGCCUUGCCUCAAAAACCGGACCCUGCCUUUCGUGGUGCGGCUCAUCACUGCCGCUGUGGAGCUGUGCAGCACAGAGAUCCGCCGGCUGCGUGACCGCCAGGACGCCCAUGCUGCAGGGGGCCAGCAGGACAGCCCCGCGGCCACCCACAGCCACACCACCUCUCCAGGGGAGACGCGAGCCCCUGCCACCACAGAAGAGGAGGAGGAACCUGAGCUCCACGAUAUCAUGGUCACUGCAGCCAAGGCUGCCCCUGACCUUCACAUCUGGAACCGCCUGGACUGUUUGUGCCAAGCUGUGUGGUCUUUCCAGCAGGUAUCAGGGUGGUUGAAGUACCCCACGGGAACCAGGGCUUAUGAUUGA